GUAAAUAUGUAAACUACCAAUUCCUGUUGUGUACUAUAUCAAAUAAUAAUUUAUGCAUCCAUUUCUUUUUACUCUGUCACUUUGACCGAUCAAAUCAGGCAUUUACUUAUUUAUUUAGGUGCACUCAGUUUUUAAUAUGUGCACUGUUUUAAUUAUACAGCAUAAUUAAAUAAUUAAUAUAAAUACACCUUACAAUAUACUAAGGUGGAGCACCUGCUGCUUCAAAAAGAUUGUUACUGGAUAUUAGAAUUUGUCAGUUUAAUUUAAUGACAAUGACGGCUGUUGGACGUGGACGUGGACGUGGUCGCGGCGGAUGGGCUAUGUGGGAAGCUGCUGAUCAUACUUUACGCAGACCUGGAGAACCAUCAUUAUCCAAAGAAGUUCAGGAUGAAUUCAGUACUCUUAUUGAACGAAUAGAUGAACUUGACCUUAAUUCUAAAACUGUGCCAGAUGAUCUUUUACAACUGUGUAAAGCUGGUCUGCAGACUAGUGAGUCACAAACAACAAUAGAGUGGCUUGUAGCAAAAGCUUUGGAUGAUCAGCUAUUUGGCAGGAAGUUAACAUUUGCUGUAAGCAACAAAAGUAUCCAGAAUUUGAUUAUUAAAAUAAAUGAAUCUGGAGAUCAAAUAACUGUAAGACGCAUCCUAAUGAGCAUCCUUCAAAUCGAAUAUGAAAACAGAGAUGAGACUCAAAAAAAGGAUCCAGUCAAAUUUCGCAAUGGUGUGUCUCUGCUAGGAGAAUUUUAUUAUCGUAUGAAACUUGAUAGUGGCUCAGUAAUAAGCGUCCUCACAAAACCAAUGCUGAAUUACUUAAAAGGAUUAUUGACAACAGCCUCUGAAGAAGAUAUUCUAUUGGUUGCACGAAUGCUCUCAAUAAAUGGCCGCAAUAUCUUAGCACAACAGUCCUCGAAGCUAGAGGAACUUAUCUUGGACGUUAAAUCCGUUUUGAUAGACCGUAAUCUGAGUGCUUAUUCACGAUCUAUGCUCAUACUCAUACUGGAUUUACAUAUACAUCAGUAUAGUUCGCUUCCUGGUUAUCUUCAGAAGUUUUACGUGGAGCACAUUGGCGCGGACACCAUGUUACAAAUUCAAGAACCACAAGCGGAACUAACAAUAGUAACCAAUUUCAGAAGCUUGGGCAUGAAAAAUAUUCAGAAUGAUGCUGAAUUGGAUACAAAAUCGAAGCCUGAUGGUGGAGGUAUCUUGAUGAAGGUCAAUGAACCGGAAACUAGCGUUCAGUAUGACACCUUUGACCAGAAAGGAUACGCGCCAAAUUUUACACAAGGGAAAGAAUCAUUUAGAAAUAAUGCACCAAUACCUAGGGCGAUUCGCGGCUCAGGAGCAGUCGCUAAUAAAAAGCAUAAGGACAAGAGGUCACCUCAUAACCAACUGCAUAAAGAAAAAUCCAGUGACGAUGCCAAUUGGUCUAAACAAAUGAACUCUAAGAAUACUUCCUGGGGUCAUGACGAUAGAUUUAAUAAGGAAUAUGAACAUGAUAGCUGCAUGUCUUCUUUUAAGUCUAAUAAGUGAAAAAAAUUUUUUGUGAGGUUCUUUCCUAUUUUACUUUAGUUUACGAGUAAUUAUCGGUAACUAUAAUGUUAUUUUUUAAAUCAUGCUAACUAUUAAUUAACAUACUCAUUUGUCUUGUAUGUUUUUCUUCAGCGUAAAUGUUUCAGAAAUUGUAUAGUUUUACCCUAUUGGGAAACUAAUUUCUAUUAUUUAUAGUAUAUAAAUUUUUAACUAGGCAAAGGUCUUUACCCACCUCCGAAUUAAGAUAUCACCCUAGAUAUUGUACAGUUCAUUUUACACUUUGAUGUUUUUAUUCUAUAUUCCCUUUUUUAACAGUUCGAUAAUCCUUAUUUAUCGAUGUAAUUUUAUUUGUAUAUUUAUUUAUAUCUGUGUCUCAAUUAAAAUUUCAGUAGAAAAUUUGUUAUGAAGCUUUAGGAAUUUAUUAGCACACCAUUUGUUUACGUACAAAAUCUGUAAUAUAUGAUAUGUUAUUUAGACUGCUUAUACAAAUAGUGAAUGACUCCUA